CUGCCGGACGCGCCGAUCGUGCUCGCCAGCGAGGGCUUCUCGCGCAUGACGGGCUACCCCAUCGAGGCCAUCGUCGGGCGCAACUGUCGCUUCCUGCAGGGCCCCAGCACGGCCAACGAGCCCGUGCAGCGUAUCCGCGACGCGCUCAAUGCCAACAAGCCCGUCGUGGAGCUGCUGCUCAACUACAAGCUCGACGGCACGCCCUUCUUCAACCUGCUCAGCAUCACGCCCGUGCGCGACUCGGCGGGCCAGGUCGUGUACAGCGUCGGCGGACAGGUCGAGGUG